GGAUCCAUCUGUCUCUAAGUCUAUAGAACGAAUCUUCAAAAUCUGGGAAGAUAGAAAUGUGUACCCAGAAGAAAUGAUUAUGGCAUUGAGAGAAGCUUUGAGUACCACUUUCAAAACUCAGAAGCAGCUGAAAGAAAAUCUGAACAAACAACCGAAUAAGCAGUGGAAGAAAUCACAAACAUCCACGAAUCCAAAAGCUGCUCUCAAGUCUAAGAUAGUUGCAGAAUUUCGAUCCCAGGCCCUCAUUGAAGAACUGUUGCUGUACAAGCGCUCAGAAGAUCAGAUAGAAUUGAAGGAAAAACAGCUGUCAACCAUGAGGGUGGAUGUGUGCAGCACAGAAACUCUCAAAUGUUUAAAAGAUAAGACAGGUGGAAAGAAGUUCUCCAAAGAAUUUGAAGAGGCAAGUUCCAAGCUCGAGGAAUUUGUGAAUGGAUUAGAUAAGCAGGUGAAAAAUGGGCCCUCACUAACAGAAGCACUGGAAAAUGCUGGAAUUUUCUAUGAAGCACAGUACAAAGAAGUAAAAGUGGUGGCCAAUGUAAGUAAUAAUUAA